AUGGGACACUGCUGCAGCAAAGACGUGUCAGCAGUUAACAAUGAAGCAAUCACCGGCAUCAAGCAUCCUACUCCGCCGCACACGGCGGCAGUGGAGGUGGCUGCACCCGCAUCGCGGCCGCCGAUCCACAGUGACCACUCGAACUCGUUCGCUGCUAGCCCAUUCCAGAGCCCACUUCCCGCGGGAGUCCGGCCUUCUCCGUCACCGGCGAGGACUCCCGGGAGGAAGUUCCGGUGGCCGUUGCCACCACCUUCCCCCGCUAAGCCGAUCAUGGCUAUCAUGAGGAGGCGGGGGCAGGGGAAUCAGCAGCCGAAGGAGGGGCCGAUACCGGAGGAUGGUGGUGGCGGAGAGGGAGAGAGGGUGGCGGCGGGGACGGUGGUGUUGAAUAAGAGUUUCGGGUAUCCGAAGAACUUGGCGGCGAAGUAUGAGUUGGGGAAGGAGGUGGGGAGAGGGCAUUUUGGGCAUACUUGUUUGGCUAAAGGGAAGAAAGGGGAGCUUAAAGGACAACCUGUUGCUGUCAAGAUCAUUUCCAAAGCUAAGAUGACAACAGCAAUCUCAAUUGAAGAUGUUCGUCGGGAGGUGAAAAUGUUGAAAGCAUUAUCGGGGCAUACGAAUAUGAUCAAAUUUCAUGAUGUUUUUGAGGAUGAAAAUAAUGUCUACAUAGUCAUGGAAGGGGGAAGAUACACCGAGGAAGAUGCUAAAACUAUCAUUGUGCAAAUUUUAAGUGUAGUUUCCUAUUGUCAUCUUCAAGGGGUUGUUCACCGUGAUCUAAAGCCAGAGAAUUUUCUUUUCACCUCGAGAGAUGAGGAUGCUUCGAUGAGGAUUAUUGAUUUUGGUUUAUCUGAUUUUGUUAGGCCAGAUGAACGUCUCAACGAUAUUGUUGGCAGUGCAUAUUAUGUUGCGCCUGAAGUGCUCCAUAGAUCGUACAAUCUUGAAGCCGAUUUGUGGAGUAUUGGCGUCAUAACAUACAUAUUAUUAUGCGGAAGUAGACCUUUCUGGGCAAGAACUGAAUCAGGAAUUUUCCGUUCUGUGCUAAGAGCCGAUCCUAACUUUAAUGAUUCACCUUGGCCUACUGUGUCACCAGAAGCUAAAGAUUUCGUGAAAAGGCUUCUGAACAAGGACCACAGAAAAAGAAUGACUGCAGCUCAGGCUCUAACCCACCCAUGGUUACGAGAUUUAAAUCAAGCUGUGCCUUUGGAUAUUUUGAUCUUCAAGUUGGUCAAGUCAUAUGUUCGUGCCACACCUUUCAAACGCGCAGCACUGAAGGCUCUUUCAAAAGCCAUUCCAGAAUCUGAGCUCCUCUAUCUCAGGACUCAAUUUAAUCUCUUGGAACCGAAAGAUGGUUCGGCUUUGACCAGAUAUGUUACUGAUGCCAUGAAGGAAUCGAGGGUUCUUGACAUUUUAAAUGUGGUUAUGUUAUAUAAGGAAGUUGUUGAAUACCUUGGAGCUUGGGUUGAAACAUUUGACCAACUUAUUUUCUUGAUGGAACCGCUCGCAAAUAAAAAAAUGACGUUUGAGGAAUUCUGUGCUGCUGCAAUCAGCCCGUAUCAGCUUGAAGCCCUUGAAGAAUGGGAGAGCAUAGCAACUGCAGCCUUUGAAAUUUUUGAACAAGAAGGAAACCGGGUCAUCUCAGUUGAAGAAUUGGCAACGGAAAUGAAUUUAGGCCCUACAGCUCAUUCUGUAGUCAAGGAUUGGAUUAGUAGUUCUGACGGGAAGUUGAACUUUCUUGGAUACACCAAAUUUAUACAUGGCGUUACGAUACGCAGUUCGAACGCAAGAUAUCGAUAA